CAGAUACACAAAAAAACAUGAUCAGAUGUGCAGCACUUAGAAUUAAUAUCCAUGAUCUUUAAUUGAGUCUUGUGUCAGACUGAAUGUAUUUUUAGUUUCAGACCUCUACACAGGGCACCAUGGAGGCGCUGGGGCGGCGAUGGCUGACAUCAUUCUCCCUGGAGCAGCGUACACAGAGAAAUGUAGCACCUAUGUGAACACUGAGGGGCGCGACCAGCAGACCAGGCUGGCUGUGACUGCUCCAGGCAUGGCCCGGCAGGGUUGGAAGAUCAUUCUGCCAUAUCUGAGGAUGUGAAUCAAACUGUCCUCACAGAGCCUCUGGUCCCUCCACAGCUCAGAGUUCGAAACUUUUACAUGACAGCUGAUGUUCUCAAGGACCAGAGUCACGUGAUGUAUGAGGGCAAACACAUCCACUUCUCGGAGGUGGACAAUAAGCCAUUGUGCUCAUACAGCCCAAAGCUCUGCAAGCAGCGCAGACUCAAUGGCUAUGCCUUCUGUAUCCGUCAUGUCCUGGAGGAUAAGACCGCUCCCUUCAAGCAAUGUGAAUAUGUGGCCAAGUACAACAGCCAACGAUGCACCAACCCCAUCCCCAAGUCUGAGGACCGCAGAUACUGUAACAGCCACCUCCAAGUCCUUGGCUUUAUCCCCAAGAAGGAGCGGAGGAAGAAACACAAUGCAUUGGAGGAGAUGCGCUCAACACCUCACCUGGAGUCAGUGGCUCUUAACAUAACUGUGCCCUCGCUAGCUCUGAAGGCCUCCAAUGGCCUGGACGAGCUGCCACCCUCUCCACCCUGCAUCCGUCUGCUACCCCUCCCAGAUGGGGAGCUCUUGGACCCUUUUGCCUUCUACGAGGAGGACACUGAUGGGGAAGAGGGCCCUCCUCGGAAGGGCUCCACUGUCAGGAAGAAACUACACAGUCGACUGGUGCUCAGCCAGAAACUCCAGCUCCCCCAUCACGACAAUGCCCUCCUCCAACCACCUCCGGAGCACUUUAGCCCCUCUCCUCUUACCUGUGUGCACCGCUCUUCGCCCCUUCAUCCUCAUCUUCCCUGUCAGCAGCAGACAGGACUCCUCCAGCCCUCCACUAUACCUUCGUUUAUCCUCCCUGGACAGCUGCAGACAGGACUCCUCCAGCCCUCUACUAUACCUUCGUUUGUCCUCCCUGGACAGCUGCAGACAGGACUCCCCCAGCCCUCCACCAUGCCCUCGUUUGUCCUCCCAGGACAGCUGCAGGGUUUAUUAUGUAAGCUAGCUCCACCUCAGAUUCCCGCCUUUCUGCCUGUCGGACUGCCCCCCAACACAGCUCCCAGUCCGCUGCAGUCCUCCUGUCCCCCCCUCGGCAGGAAAGCUCUGUUCACUGCCACGCACUUGCCAUCCAGUAGCUGGGACAGCACUCAGCGUCAUUUGGUGACCAUGCGUCCGGCUGCCUUCUCACCUCCCCUUGCCUGCAUGGCAAGGUUACAGCAUCUGGUGCAGCUCUGCACCCAAAGACAUCAGGAGCACGGAGACCUCUUCCAUCAUCUAGGGUUGGACUGGUCUGAAGACAGUUCAGAGGAUGAUGAAGUGGAGGCAGAGAGAGUUCCACCCUAUCACAAUGCCUGGAGACUACAGGAAGGACACAUGCAGGAUGUCUCAGAUGAAGAUGCUGGUGGCUCGCGGAGAACGCGGCUGGCUCGGCUGUGCUCAUACCUCCAGGAGAAAUACAAGCACCUGUGCAGGCAGGAGAGGGCUACCAUGCGCCAGAAGAAAUACCACUAUGCCUUCCGCAAAGCCCUGCUGCACGCCGCCAGUAAAGACCCUGACUGUGCUGGCCAGUUGAUUCAGAAGUUGCGCAAGGUCUCCCAGACCUCAAGUGCGCCAGGGCAGCAGGAGACGGGAAUCUGCACUGGAAGCACCAAGGGCCAGGCAUGUAGCAGCCGAGCUCUACCCUUCACCCGACACUGCUUCCAGCACAUUCUGUUGAAUCGCUCCCAGCAGCUCUUCUCCAGUUGCACAGCCAAAUUUGCAGAUGGACAACAGUGCUCCAUUCCUGUGUUUGACAUCACGCAUCAGACACCGCUCUGUGAGGAGCAUGCCAAAAAGAUGGACAAUUUCCUGCGUGGAGACGGUAACCGAAGAGUGCAGCACCAGCAGCAGCAGCAGCGAAAGCCGCGUAAGAAGACCAAACCGCCUGCACUCACCAAGAAACACAAGAAGAAGAGGAGGAGAGGGCCGUGGCGGCCCCAGAAGCCCAUCCCGCCGGCGCUGCCCCAGGGGAACCUGGGAAUGCCUUCCUCCUCCAGCCUGACCAUGCCCACCCAGGCCAACAUCAGGAGUCCCUCGACGCCUGAACUGAGCACCGAUGAACUUCCCGAUGACAUCACCAAUGACAUGUCAGACAUUCCAAACGACCUCGAGCUCAACCAGGAGGAUUUCUCGGACGUGUUACCCAGGCUUCCCGAUGACCUUCAGGACUUUGACUUGUUUGAAGGUAAGAAUGGGGAGCUGCUUCCCACCACAGAGGAGGCAGAGGAGCUGGUGAGAGCACUACAGGCAGGGCUGAUGGGCUCCUACCCAGACUCCCUGGUGUGCCUGACCUCCAUGGCGGAGAUGGCGCAGGCAGAUGGCGUGGACCACCGGACCAUGGCAGCAGUGUUCCCUGGGCCAGGGGUCCAGCCGGGGGGGAUGGGGGACCUGCUCAACGGCCGCAUCCCCGUAGAGAACUUCUCCAAUCUGGAGCUGGAGGACAACCUGCUGCACUCUGCUGGUGGCCACUUCUCCCCCUCGGUGUCUCCUCAGCAGCCCCCUGCCCAGGGCCAGACUCCUCCCUCGGGACCCAGCCUCACCUCCUCCACCCGCACAGUCCCCCGGACACACCCGCCUCACAUCUUGGCCAAGCCGGAGGCGCCCACAUCGUCUCCGCAGGGUACCCAUUACUGCAGCGAGCAUGUACCAUCCCCCUACAAUGACCACAUGUCCUCUACCCAUGCCACCUCCUUUCAGACUGACUCUCCUCUCCUGCUGGAGGUACCAAGUACCCCACGCUCCUCCUGGAACAACCUCCCCCUGGCCCUCACUGACCCCACACAGUUCGGCAACCUCAUCAGACCAGAGGGCCACCUCGUAUCCACCUCUCUGUCCACUCCCCCCUCCUCCCACUCUGUGACCCUACAGCCCAUGGCUGCCCUCUCAGCGUUGCCCCAGAGCGGCUUGACGGGCUUGACUGCGCUCCCCGCCGCCUCGCCACCACACGACCUCUUGAUUUCCACCCUUCCCAAGCAGCAGCUCCCUCAGUUCAGUGCUGCCUUCGGCCACCAACUGGCCUCCCACAGUGGCAUCCCCAAGGACGUGCAGCCCAGUCACAGCUCCACAGCGCCCCCCACUGGCUUCUCCAUAGCUAGUGCCACCGCUGCAAGUGCCAACAGUGCAACGCCCCCCUUUCCACACAGUAACUAGAGCAAGCCGUGCACAGUACAAUGGCUGUAGGUCAAACCGUGGACUCUAGAAACGUAUUCACCCAGUGUCCAUUCAUUUCCCUUCUGCUUCAAGUGUGCAAUGUGGUAACGGACCUAACGCUUCACUGUUCUAUUGGAAUUUGCACAACCUCAGAUAUUCCUUAACCGUGUAAUGAUUUGGUGGUAAUAUAGCCAGUUGGCCACCUGAAAGGGUCCAGUGGUUUGAUGUAAACGCAGCUCCAGAGUUUCGCCAGCAGGGGGCAGAGUGUGUGUGUGUGGAGGGAGGUGGUUCAGUAGAAACAUCAAAUGUUAUUUGUCACAUGCUUGGUAAACAGGUGUAGACUAACAGUGAAAUGCUUACUUACGAGUCGGAGUUACAAUGCGGAGUUCAAGAUACAAUAGAAAUAGUGACACGAGGAAAACAUGGAUUGAUGUGGGGGAACAUUGAAGGAUGGACUUUAGGAGAGAUUAUUUAUAUCAUAGUGAAAACAGUGCUAGAGAAUACGGAGACAAAGCGUCAAUCAAUGGUCAAUUAAAAAAAUAAAAUAAUAAUAUUGCCAGUUUAUUCGUGUCUGACAUACAUCAACAACACUCCCCUGUGUAUUAUUUGGACAGUGAAGCUACAACUUUUAAUUUGGCUCUAUACUCCAGCAUUUUGGAUUUGAGAUUAAAUUAGAAAAAAAAAGCACUUUAUGUAUCUAGACCCCAAUUUGAAUGUGUCAUAAGUAUUUGGACUAAUUCAUUUGUGUAUUAAAGUAGUCAAGUUUAGUAUUUGGUCCCAGUUUCCUAGCACACAUCAAGCUUGUGACUCUGCAAACUUGUUGGCUGCAUUUUAGUUUGUUUUGUUGAUGUUUCAGAUUAUGUUGUGCCCCCAUAGAAAUGAAAAGUAAAUCUUGUAUAGUCACUUAUUUAUAUAUAUAUAUAUAGAAUGUUUCUAAACACUUCUACAAUAAUGUGGAUGCUGAUUAUGAAUAAUCAUGAAUGAGUUCGAGGCACAAAGUUUAUACUGUUGGAUGCAUUAGCAUUUUAUAUCAUACCCACAAGACAUGAUAACCCCUCUCCAUUACCAAUAACGGGAUGUUAGCAUUUUAUAUCAUACCCACAAGACAUGAUAACCCCUCUCCAUUACCAAUAACGGGAUGUUAGCAUUUUAUAUCAUACCCACAAGACAUGAUAACCCCUCUCCAUUACCAAUAACGGGAUGUUAGCAUUUUAUAUCAUACCCACAAGACAUGAUAACCCCUCUCCAUUACCAAUAACGGGAUGUUAGCAUUUUAUAUCAUACCCACAAGACAUGAUAACCCCUCUCCAUUACCAAUAACGGGAUGUUAGCAUUUUUUGGUGUGCGUAUGAUAUUUAUGCCUCUAACUUUCUCACUCAUUAUUCAUGGUAUUUUAUCUUUAUUAUUUUACUAGGCAAGUCAGUUAAGAACAAAUUCUUAACUGACAGCCUAGGAACAGUGGGUUAACUGCCUGUUCAGGGGCAGAACGACAGAUUUGUACCUUGUCAGCUCGGGGAUAUGAACUUGCAACCUCUUGGUUACUAGUCCAACGCUCUAACCACUAGGCUACCCUGCCGCCUCCACAUUUAAUGUAGAAGGGUUCAGAAACACAAGUCACUCCAAAAUGACACUGCAUUAUUUACUAUUUUAAUAUUAAUAGGGCACAAAAUAAUCUGAAACGCAAAUUUUAAACGCAUCCAACAAGGUUGUAGAGUCACAAGGUUGAUGUAAUCAUUGCGUGCUAGGUUACACGUUUUGACUACUUUAAUAGACAAGGGAAUUUUUCCAGAUACUUGUGAGGGGCACUAGAUACAUUGUGUUUUCAUUUCUAAACGGUAAAACGGAUGUGUAUGAAUGUAUCCUCAAAUUAAAGGUGACAUUCUGUUGCCUUAUAUGAAACAGUCGAUCUCAAAUACAAAAUGCUGGAGUAUAGAGCCAAAUUAAACGUUUUCUCCUCACUGUCCAAAUAAAUACGUAGGGUAGUGUAUCCUGCCUGCCUUGCUAUUGGUCAUUGCAUGGGUUCAUCUGUUCCAUUCACCUUUUUGAAAGAGAUUCUAAGGUAGGUCCAUUGUGAAGCAACAGAAGAAAUGGCUCCGCCAUCUUACCAUGAUGUAGUCCUGUCCUCCAUCACUUAACAGAGAAUUUGGCCAAACCACUUUUAAACAGCGUUUAUUUUUUAUAUAUUGUGUAUAUAUUUGCUCUAUUAUUGGGUCACUCAGAAAUGUAAAAGAUCUAUUGACCUCACCAUUGUGGGACUCCUUAUGGGUGACCUAUUAGCCACUUGAAGGUAAAUGGUGUUACUUUAAGCAAUAAGCACAUUGACACACACUCUUGUCACAGUAUUGAAUUGGUCUCCACUUUAUGUAUCUUCACUAUGUAAUCCAAACCGAUGUGGACCAGAUAUGUUUGGGCCCUGUGUAACUCUCUGUGGCAUAAACCGUUUGUUCUAAAUCAAGUCAGAACUGUCUGAGUAGAGAGAGACUGUAACUGACCAUUGAACAGGAUGCUUCUCUUAGGUCAUACUGAGUAGUUAUUGCAAGGGGCCAAAUCCAUCUGCUCGGGUGUCCACAACUCUCCAUGGUGCUCUUGCUAUAUAAUGGCAUUUUAAAAGGACAUUCAAGGAUAUGGUCCCAUCUAGAUAGAAACUACUUAAGGAACCUGGGGGGGGUAUACACUGAGUAUACCAAACAGUAGGACACCUUCCAAAUAUUGAGUUGCACCCCCCCCCCCCCUCUCUCUCUCUUUUAACUCUCAGAAUGGCCUCAAUUUGUCGGGGCAUGGACUCUACAAGGUGUCAAGCGUUCCACAGGGAUGCUGGCCCUUGUUUGAUGUCCUUUCGAUGGUGGACCAUUCUUGAUACAUGAGAAGCUGAGCAUGAACCCAGCAGUGCUUCAGUUGACUCAAACCGGUGCGCCUGGUACCUACUACCAUAACCCCGUUCAAAUACACUUACGUCUUUUGUCUUGCCCAUUCACCCUCGGAUUGUGUACGUGUGCCAUUCAAUGUCUCAAUUGUUUUGAGGCUUAAAAAAUCCCGUAACCGGUCUCCACCCCUUCAUCUACACUGAUUUCAAGUUGAUUUAACAAGUGACAUCAUUAAGGGAUCAUAGCUUUCACAUGGUCAGUCUGUCAUGGAAAGAGCAGGUGUUCCUAAUGUUUUGUCCACUCUGUAACUCCCCCCAGUAAAGGACCAGAAAGUCAUCUUUCACUAGUCUAGCCGUGUAUAUGGAUACGUAUCUGGACAUGUGAAAUGAUGCCCCCUUGUUUUAGCAUCUUAUCUGUUUUGUGUGGUAGUGUGACACCAUUGGUGUAAACUGGUGCAAUGAGCAUUUCUGAGGUAUAGAUAGCACUGUCUGUUGUACUAAAUAAAUACAUUCUCAGGUGCAUUAAGGUUAAUGAAGCAUGGGUCUCAAUGUUAACUGUUAAGGAAUGAGGAUGGAAUUAACCAGACAACUCUGCCCUGUCUGGUUUUAAACUCUACAGUAGUAAAUCAUGGAUUUUUUAUUUUUUUUAGAAACGUAGAAAUGGAAAGACUACUCAUUGUUAAGUAUUAUAUAUAUUUAUAGGGUAGAGGUCUCUACAGUUUAGGUUUUAUUGUGAGUUAAUGAGUGGCAAUGGAUUGAAAAAUGAAGUCAGUUUUUUGUGAUGCGCUUGAUGGAAACUUUUUAAAACACCCCUUGUUUUAAUGGCUAUCAAAACUCUCGUAGUUUCUCUUCAAAGUGAAAUGAUCGAUUGUUUGUGUACAUUGUCAUUUAGCUAACCAAACUGGAAAAAUGUCUAAUGUGAGACAGUAUUUUUGAUAGCUAUUAAACUCUGGCAAGUAGUUGCUGCUGAAAGACUGGGGUCGCAUGGCGAGACAACUUUACAGCUGAGUGCAAGACCACAACAUUUCUCCCUUAUUGUGAUUACCAGAUCUCUUGGUAGCAGUAAAUCCAGCCAUAGCAUUAUUUUUUCUCGCAAGUAUGUAUGUGUGUGUGUGUGUGUGUGUGUGUAUAUGUGUAUAUAUAUAUAUGUAUAUAUAUAUAUAUAUAUAUAUACUGCACAUAACAGCACCCAUAGUCAUUUUGGAUUUGGAACACACCCCUGACCUGCUCUAAACAGCACUGUGGGAGGCCAGAUACUCCCAGUAAGCAUCGUGCCUUUUGUCAUGAUACGAAAAACUAACAGCUGCCAUUAACUGCACACACACUGCUUAGAACCGAGCAGGCCCCACUUCCAACUGUGAGAAGGCCUAGUUAUUUCAAAGAGACAGACAUUACCAGAGCAGAUGCUUCAAGUUUCAGUUUCUUUUUUGCUUGACCACAGCAUUGUUCCUAGAUGUACAGCCCCUAGGAAAUAGGUGGGCUGGAAUGUUUUCUUGAAUUUUCGCAAGCAAGGCGACACUGCUGUAUUCACAAAGCAUGAGAUUAGAUUCAUUGCAGUUUGACUCCUCACCAACCAUAUAGAACAAACUAAGCAGGGCUCUGUAGGCACUUGUAACUGCUUGAAAUCUGAGAGAUGGCUGACAAAUUCCUAUACUCAUUGAAUGUACUGUAUUACUGUUUUUAAAGAUGAUAGGAUGAGGUAAUAAUAAUCUAGUCACCUUUUGUUAUCGGUCCUUGUAUAAUUUGUCUAAGGUAUUUUUUUUGUAUACAAAGGUUUACAUUUUUAUGUAUAUUUUUCUUGUGUACAAACGAUGUAAUAUGUGUAUAAACACUGUAUGGAAUGUGUAUAUAGUGUGAUAAAAUGUGAUCUUUUGUUUUUGGAUGUAUAAAUAAAACUGUCAUGGGUU